GAGAGAGAAAGCGACGGAACGUCCCAAGAGAUCGUCAUUAUUUGUCUUGCAUUCCUCCCCAACCUGUCAUCUCUCUUCCAUCCGUUUUCGUUUCAAUUUUCCCCCCCCUCUCUCUUUUGUCUUUCUUUCUAUCUUGACAUCCCUUGAUCCAGUCGACAGAAGUAGAGCUGAGCUCCCUCAAGUCAAGAACCCCCUCCCCGAAUACGCCAUCAUGUCGUCUCCGUCCUCCGCGGGCAAACGCAAGCGCAGCGCUUCCCAACACCAGCCAGCCAACCCCGUCAAGUCGUCCACAGCGGAUCUCUUGCAACCUUCAUCGCGCGACGCGUCUGGUGAGGAAGGCGAUGACUCGACCGGUCCAACAAUCCUUCCUACUCCCUCGAGCGGCAAGCAGAAGAAACAGACUUCAAUUGACGUCGCGGCUGCGGCAACCGGCACGGUCCCGCCUUCGAAACGGGCCCGGAAGUCAAACGACGAAAGCCAUGCACCCGACUCCAAUGGAACCGAUCAAGUGAUGGGGGAGAACAAUGAGGAAGAUAUGGGCGAGCCUUCCGAGACGACCGUGGCAAGCAGCGACAUUGAGAACCGGACGGGUCGGCCGGACUUGCAGGUCAAGACGGCAGAGGAGAAGCAGAAACUCAUGAGACCUCCCGAGGUCGGCCGAUUGCAGGACCCCGUGGGAUACAAGACCAAUCCUCCUCCUACAGACCGGCCGGUCCGUGUGUAUGCCGAUGGAGUGUUUGAUCUGUUUCACCUUGGUCACAUGCGACAACUCGAACAGGCUAAAAAGGCUUUCCCUGAUGUCUAUCUCAUUGUCGGAGUCACUGGGGAUGAGGAAACACACAUGCGGAAGGGUCUGACUGUCCUGAGCGGUGCAGAGCGUGCAGAGACCAUCCGUCACUGUAAAUGGGUGGAUGAGGUGCUUCCCAACUGCCCGUGGAUUGUGACUCCGGAUUUCAUCAACGAACACAAGAUCGAUUAUGUCGCUCACGAUGACCUUCCCUACGGUGCUGACGAAGGAGACGAUAUCUAUGCCCCAAUCAAGGCUGAAGGAAAGUUUUUGGUUACUCAGAGAACCGAGGGUGUCAGCACAACAGGCAUCAUCACCAGAAUCGUUCGCGACUACGACCAGUACAUCUCCCGUCAAUUCAAGCGGGGUGCUUCGCGACAAGAGUUGAAUGUGUCAUGGUUGAAGAAGAACGAAUUGGAAAUCAAGCGACAUGUGACGGAACUCCGGGAUAACAUCCGCAACAACUGGACGGCCACCGGUCAAGAGUUGGGUCGGGAGCUGCGCCAGAUCUGGCAGAACAGCCGACCAAACAGCCCAGCUCCCAGUGCGAGAAACAGCAUUGAUCUGGGAGGACGGCCGAGUGGAAUCGUUAGUCCGACAACAGGCAAGUCCCAUCUCUCACGAGUGGAGGCAUUGAGCCGUCCUGACAGCCCGGUAGGAACUGGAAGGAACGAAGACUUUGCGACAGGUUACAGUUUGGGGUUGAUUGGAGGUGUUCGAGCGUGGGUCAGUAUUACAUCUCUUAUCACACAUGGACCAUGUUAUUAACGUCAAGCAGAUGAUGCGCAGCCGUCGGUCUCUGAUCGAACAAACCAGCCCCAGCCGACCGCAUUCGCCGUCUAGCGAAGAGGAACAUGAACCCGAAUCGGAAGGUAACACUGUGACCCAUUCCCACACCGCAUAAAAAGUUGCAUCUAUUCGACGUGUUCGGAUAGCAAUCAAGAUUCGAGAUUUACCUCU